GGAAGCCAGUUCUGCCCGGCAGAGCGCCGUCUAUUCUCCCUCUUGCUGUCAGAGGGCUGCGAUCCCUUUGCACAGACCCAGCGCAGCAAGCUGCAACACCGCCGUGCACGAAUUAACCAGCAGAUCAACAAGGAGAUGAGGAUGCGAGCGGGGGCGGAGAACCUCUUCAGAGCCACCAGUAACCACAAAGUAAAAGAAACAGUUGCCUUGGAGCUUAGCUACGUGAACUCCAACCUACAGUUACUGAAAGAGGAGCUGGAAGAGCUGAACAGCUGCAUGGACGUGUACCAGAAUGACAGUGAGUCCAUCAGUGUCCCUAUGAUUCCUUUGGGCCUGAAGGAGACAAAGGAGCUGGACUUGUUGGCACCACUAAAGGAUUUCAUCAGCGAGCACUAUGGAGAGGAUGGUUCCUUGUUUGAAAAGGAAAUCAAAGAAUUUAUGGAGUUGCGGCAGGCGAUGCGGACCCCGAGCCGGAAUGAGGCUGGGCUCGAACUCCUCAUGGAGUAUUACAACCAGCUAUACUUCCUUGACAACCGCUUCUUCCCUCCCAGUAAAAACCUGGGUGUCUUCUUUCACUGGUAUGACUCUCUGACUGGGGUCCCUUCCCAACAGCGGGCGCUGGCCUUCGAGAAGGGGAGUGUGCUGUUCAACAUUGGAGCCCUGCACACCCAGAUUGGGGCACGGCAGGAUCGUGCCUCCCUGCCGGGAGUCAACCGGGCUAUCGAUGCAUUUCAGAAGGCAGCCGGUGCCUUUAACUACUUGAAGGAAAACUUCUCCAAUGCCCCUAGCCUGGAUAUGAGUUCCUCUUCCCUGAACAUGCUGGUGCGGCUGAUGAUCGCACAGGUGCAGGAGUGCGUCUUUGAGAAGGUGACCUUGCUCCGAGCCCAGAGUGACUUCCUCACGCAGCUGCAGCUUGCCCAGGAAGCAGCCAGGGUUGAGGACGUCUACUCGCUGGUGCACCAGACGAUGACCCAGGCCCACGUGAAGGAUUACGUUCCCUUCUCUUGGACCACCAUGGUCCAUGUCAAGUCAGAGCAUUUCAAGGCCCUCUCCCACUACUUCGCUGCCAUUGCGCUCUGUGACUGCCCUGCAGCAUCCAGUGCUGAGCUCCCAGAGCAUGAGAAGGCUUUUAUCCAGUUUCAUGUCACCAUGCCAGAUGGGCCGUCUCUCCGCGUCCUGCUGCAGGAUCCUGAGGAGAGAAGGAAGCUGGGCAAAGCUCAUCUGAAGAAAGCCAUCAUGAAGCACGAGGAAGCCAUGAGAAUCCACAGCUUAUGCAAGAUCUUGCGGAAGAUGGAUAUUCUCCAGGAGGUCCUUUCCUUUGCUCACAAACGCUCGCUGAGCAAAUACUCGGAAAUCGACCAUGAGGAGGACUUCUUUGAAACCGGAGAUGCCCCAGACAUUCACCCCAAAACCCAUCAGAAACCGGAGAUAAAAUCGCCCAACUUCUCCCAGGUGAAGGUGACUGAUCUCUUCCACAGACUGGGGCCCCUCUCGGUUUUCUCAGCCAAAAACAAGUGGUACCCUGUACGAAGAGUCCACCUGGUGAGAGGAGAGAAUGGCUUUGGAUUCACGCUUCGAGGAGACUCUCCUGUCCUCAUUGCUGGUGUCAUCCCUGGGGGCUGUGCCGCUGAAGCCGGGCUGAAGGAAGGGGACUACAUCAUCUCGGUGAAUGGCAAGGAUUGCAAGUGGUCCAAGCAUGCCGAAGUGGUGCAGCUGCUGAAGAGUACUGGGGAAGAGGGAGUGGAGAUCGGUGUGAUAACACUCCAGGGCCCGGAGGGGCAGAAAGCCAUGGACAAGAAGGCAGCAGUCAUGUCUGCAGGAGGUGGGCUGCUGAAGAACAACAAGGAGAACAGCCGGAAAAGUCUGAUGAACAGCAAGAGUGCCAGCACACUGCUGGUCUGGAAUAAGAAGAGCAAACGGAGCAAGAACAGCACUUACAGUGUCCCCUUCACUGCGGUGGGAGACAAUGAGGCCAUGUACUGAGACAGCCACCUGGCUAGGUCAUGUUCUUCAAACUCUGGGCCUGGCUGACAUUGAGUCCUAGCAAUGGCACGACCUCAGCAGCACAGACAGUCUGUUUGGGGUGUGCUGGUGUCGUUGCAGCAAGAUGCUCCUCUCGUUCAGAGGAGGCCUGGCUUCCAAUCUGGGGACAUGCCGCUGGUUGGAUUCUCUUCAAAGAGAUGAGUGACACACAGCCCCUGUCACUGCUGAACAUCGGACUCCUCCAUCUCCCAGCUCCUGCAUAAGUGGUCCUCAGCUAAAUAGUAUUGAGAAACUCUGAUUUGUUUUUUUUUUUUUCCCCUCUUAAGGGGUCGGGGGACCUGUACUUUGGUAUAAAGCAGGGACUGGUUUGUGUCUUCUGUUUAGUGCAAGGAGCAGCCAAACCAAGCCCAGCCAUUAAAGCAAAAGCUGUAACCUUCUUUAGUGUCUCUUAGGCUUUAUCUGCAGUGUAGAAGACAACGCCAUUGACGCUGCUCACCAGGAGCUGUUGGUGUAUCCAAGUCAUGCAGCAACUCCCACCCAGCAUCUCUGUAAAAGGAAGCCCAAGAGAGAGGUGUUUGGAUCUACUGUUGGCAAGCCACUGGGUGGUAUGAGGGUUUCCCACCCCCAGGGCAGCUGCGCAGCAGGCGUAGGCAGGCUGGCCUGAGGAGUCUGCAGGUUGCAGGGCUUCUCCCUGAAUACUUUGCAGCUCUUUGGGGAAAUUGGACCUUGUUGUUUUAAAGGUGUCCAACCCCUAAGUAUUGAGGUUGUGGAGAAAAGCAUUCAGGUCAAGAAAUGCUCAUGGGAGUCUGAACUAAGUGAAUUUAAACCAGCUGGCGUAUGAGCCAGUCUCCCAGCACAGUCUCAAUUCAUAUGCAUGCAUCUUACUGUAGCCAAAGGACUUCUGUCCCGCUAAGCGUGCAGUGCUGGCUGUUACGUAGAGCAGAGCAGGUGGAUCGAGAUGGCAAAUUUUCCCCGUGGGAGUGUGAAAGGAGGACAGUUCCUACUGUUCUAGGUGAUUUCUCUAAGGGGCAGAACAGCCGUGUGUGUGUGUCUUCACUCUUUCUAGUUUACAUUGACAUGACAAGCUCCAUAUGAGUACAGAACGAAGGGAGAUGUACCUAACACCCCGGUACCAGAAAGCUUUAGGGUUUUCAGUAUUAACAAGUCCUGAACCAAUGGAUUAACAAGACUUCCUGCUGGCCAAGCUAUCAGAUCACGGCUUACAGCCUGUACUCAGAUUACGUUCGAUUCCCAU